CGAGGGAGAGAGAGAGAGAGAUUGAAUUCGUUAAUCGCUUCGAUUUUGCAGAGGAUGCGAUAAAUAUCGAACCCCUUUUUGUCUGCUUUGAGGUGAGAAAUACUGACUAUUUGCCGGGCUCGGAGUCCAUAACAAUUGUUUGUAGAGCAAAUCUUUUUGGGUAUAUGGCUUUGACGUUCCCCAAUCUCUCGUGGUGGUUGCCGAGUAGGAAGCACAAGGAGCCAAGGAUCUCCAAUGGAUCUCCCGUGAAUUCCGUGUCCGAUGCGGGCAUGGAAUCUGAUAAUCUUAAAUUUCCUUUAGCAAAGAGCAGGGCUGUCUCCUCAUCGAGAAAUGUCAAGCGAAAAUGGCGUAGUCGGGAGGAACGGAAGAUCGACAGAGAGUAUGAUAUUGUUCUGGUGCCUCCCGAUGGGGGGUGCAUUUCGGGUUCUGAAUCUGAUGACCGAGAAUGGUCAAUUGGAUGGCUGGAGCCUCAUGGGCCUGGAUUCCAGAGUGAUGAUGACUCUGAUGACAGUUUCGCGGUGUUGGUUCCAUGCUAUGGGAAGGUUCAUGACUAUCUGAUAGAGGAUUCAGAUAGCAAGAUUGUGGGUGCUGUUGCACAUAUUGCUGAGAUUUAUCCUGCUGAGAGCGGGAAAUAUAUGGAGCAGUGGCUGUGUACCCUCCAAAGCAGCUGAUAUGCAAUGUGAAGUUCCAAGUGACUACGAUCUUCAUGUGCUGCGGGUACAAAUCGGGCGAACCCCACUUCAUUGGAUUGCAAUGAUCAGUACAUGGAAGGUCUGUCAAAACAGUAUAAAGACACCGUUCUGUUCUAUGACGGCUACUACUACUACUAAGAAGUAGGCUUAUUCAAAGCGAACUGAUUGCAGCAUGAGUGGUAUUAGUACUUGAAAUUACUAAUGUGUUUCUAUGGAAGUGGGGCUAGGAAGGUGGAUGACAAGGAUAAGAGGGAGGUGGCUUGUGAGAGUGUGUGGGUGCGCUUGAAAUUCUUUGGUGUAAAUAUUGCCAGACAUGCGUAAGAGGCCUAUGUUCCUCCUCCUACUGUGAAUAGUAUGUAAAUAAUGUGAAUAUCUUGUUGCUAGUA